AUGAUAGGCUUUGGAUCGACUGCAACUAGUCCUAUUCAACGUAAUGGUGUUCAUUAUGAUUGUGGAUGUGUGAUAUCUGAAAAAGGAGAAUUACUUCAUUGUCAUGGGACAAAUGCAUUGAGUGUUCCAGCAGUUUACAUUGCUUAUUUCGCUACGUUUGGUGCUAUGGCUUGGCAUUUAUUAUUAUUUGAGUCAUCUGUAGAAAAUCUUUAUCAUCCUAUUCUUGCAAAGCAUGCGGUUGAUCCUACAGCAGUAACCGAACAUAUAGAUGAUAAAAAUCUUCGAGGGAAACAUAGUCGUCAAUUAGAUCAAAAUCCAUGGAUUAAACCAAUUUAUAGAACAAACAAUGAAAAACUUGAAGCUGAAAAAGAAUUUCAAAAUAAAAUCUUCUAUCCUACACAUAAAAAAUUAGCCGAUUAUAAAAAAAUAAUUAAUACUAUACAAUCACAAUCUCCACUACAGACUAAAUUACAAGAUUACAUAACUCAAAUGCCUAGUCUAAUUGAAGUCAUUCAUUUUAAGACUGAAUUAUGUAAUCCAGAAUCGACUAAAUUACCUGUGACAAUUUUACGACGAUUACUUGACUCAUUUGAAUUUCUGAAAAUAACUCGAUAUAUUUAUGCUUUGGGUCAAUUUCAUGUUCUUUUACAUCGAACUUUUACUCAAUUAAUUGAACGAGAAGAAUUUCAUACAAUUACAUUGAAACAAUUAUAUGAACGAGCUCAUCAAUCUUUAAAUCGUUUGCGUCAACCAAAUCAACAAAAUAAAUAUUAUACGAUCAUUGAAAAUGGUAUCGAAGCUGUUAAUGAUUAUCAUAAAUUUGCUGGUGGGCAAAUUCAACCAGGUGCUUGUGAUCUUACUCAACGUUUUGAAACUAUUUCUAUGGAAACUGCUGUAAGCUAUCUCGUUGAAACAGAUAAUUAUGAUGAAGGAGAUAUCAUUAUGCGCCCAUUAACAGAUAUUAUCAAUGAAUUAUCAGAAAGAGAAAUGUCUAUUCUACAGAUAACACAAGGAAACAUGGGUGUAAUUACAUUUAAUAAGAUGGAUUGUCAAUGGAUUGAACAAUUAUCUCGAGCUAGUCUUGAAAAUGAAAAAGAUUAUUUUAUAAAACUUAAUACACCAUUAAAAUUUAAUUUUCUUUAUGUUCAAUCGUAUCUUAUUCGAACAUAUCUUCUCUUUUGUCGUAUUAAUUAUGAACAUAUCAAAGGAAAAUAUCAAUGUUAUACUCAACGAAAACCUCCGAUUACUACAAUUAACCUUGCCGUUAAUGAUGGUGAUGAUGACAAUACUCUAUUAGCUGACGAAUGGAAUCAUUUAGAACAUAAGGCUUUCGAUCAACUUGAGAAUGAAUAUAAUCUUCUUCAACGAAUUAUAGAUGUAUUAAGAAAUUCUCCUGAAGAUUAUUCAUCAAAAAAGGUUUCAGAAUUUAUUCAAAAUACCAAUUAUGAUGAUCGAUUUGCCCAACAAUUCGAACAAUAUCGAAUGAAAGAUUUUUCUUUGUCAUAA